UUUACUGUCUCUAUCUUAACCUGCUGUCUAUCACCCUUCCCCAUUUGAUUAAUUUCCUCAAAAACCCUACACAGUGUUUCCCCUCCCUUUUUCUGCUCUCUCAACUCUUCUAUCCAACCACUGUGAAAGAAAUAGAUAAAGUGGUUAGUUUGCUUCCCCUAUUUUGAGGAAAAAACCAAUCUUUCAUCAUUUUCAGAAUACAAAGCUACUAAAUCAACCAACAGGACAGUGUUCCAAGAUUUUCUACUAUUGCUCAAACAAAGAAACUCCAAGGAAGACCAAAGAACAGAAACGAACCGAAAGAAAAGAUAGAGAAAAAGAGUCCUUUCACUCACUCUCCCAUCAAUCGCUUCAUCAUUCAAUUUCAACCCCAUAAUCAAACUCUUCCUUCUUUUGCAUCAUCAGUACACCUUUCUUUCUCUACUCUCUUUCUUGUAAUUUACAAAUAUGGUAAUCUUCUGAUAUUUCAAUCAAAAACCUCACAUCUUUCCCCCUUUUAUAUCAUGCCAUAUGUUCUUUUUCUCGGAACAGCCUCAUUUGGGAAAUCUCCUUUCUCUUAUUAAACCCUAAAAAAUCAAGGGUUGCCCCAAAAAAAAAAAGUAAAGGGAGGGAAUUAGAAGAAGGUGAACAGUCACAAAAUCAAGAAGUGAAAUAUUGAUCAAAAGAAUUAAGCAGAAGAGAAUCAGUAGAUCCCUUUGAGAGAAGAAAAUUGAGCUGAAAAUAUUCAUGGAUUCUAAUAAUAACAGCAGCAGCCACCUGAACAGUAAUAUUACUAUUACGUCAUCUUCUUCAACAUCGUCAUCGACCUCAAGCCGAUACGAGAACCAAAAGCGUAGAGACUGGAACACUUUCGGCCAGUACCUUAAAAACCACAGGCCUCCACUUGCCCUCUCCCGCUGCAGCGGCGCUCACGUGCUCGAAUUCCUUCGUUACCUUGAUCAAUUUGGUAAGACCAAAAUUCACACCCCAAUUUGUCCGUUUUACGGUCACCCGAAUCCUCCAGCACCAUGUCCCUGUCCACUUAGGCAAGCUUGGGGCAGUCUUGAUGCUCUUAUUGGACGUCUUAGAGCUGCUUAUGAAGAAAAUGGAGGAAAACCUGAAACAAACCCUUUUGGGGCUCGUGCUGUGAGACUUUACCUUCGUGAAGUUCGUGAUUUGCAGUCAAAAGCUAGAGGAGUUAGCUACGAGAAGAAGAAAAGGAAACGCCCUCCGCCGCCGCAACAGUUACCUAAUCCGCCACCGCCAUCAUCAGGUGAUCAAGCUUAACGUAAAACAUUGCUAUCUCUCGAAUUACUAGCUAAUAUGCAACUUUAAAUUUAGUUGUUUGAGGGUCUUGUAUUCUAGUACUAUUUCGUUAUGAUAUUUAAUUAUUACCUAUUGUUAUGUCACUAAGAAGGGUUUGUUAAUGAAUCAUAAAUUGUACUACUACCUAUUUCUUUG